CUUACUUUUUGAAAAGGGAAGGCGUGGAUGGUAACAAAAGAAUGAGGAGGAGGGCGCCAAGGAUAAAAGACGGAGUAGGUGGAAGUUGGAGCUUGGAAGGCGUUGAAUGUUGUGGAAUGAGAGAGAGGUUUAGGGGUUGAUUGAGGUUUUGUGGUAUGGAGAGCUAUCUCAACGACAACUUUGGGGGUGUGAAGCCCAAGAACUCUUCCGAGGAGGCCCUCCAGAGAUGGAGGAAGCUUUGCUGGGUUGUUAAAAACCCUAAGCGAAGGUUCCGUUUCACUGCUAAUCUCAGCAAGCGAUUCGAAGCUCAAGCUAUUCGACGCUCCAAUCAGGAGAAGUUUAGAGUAGCAGUUCUAGUUUCACAGGCUGCGCUUCAGUUUAUUCAUGGUUUGUCCAGUGACUACGUUGCACCUGAGGAAGUAACAGCUGCAGGUUUUCAAAUUUGUGCUGAUGAGUUGGGAUCAAUUGUGGAAGGCCAUGACUUAAAAAAGCUGAAAAUUCAUGGUGGGGUUCAGGGUAUUGCAGAGAAGCUCUCCACAUCAACCACCAAUGGUAUUCCUAUGGCUGAUGAUCUGUUGAAUAAAAGAAAGGAAAUUUAUGGAAUUAAUAAAUUCACUGAAACCAAAGUCCCUGGUUUCUGGGUUUUUGUGUGGGAAGCCCUUCAUGAUAUGACCCUUAUGAUACUUGCUGUUUGUGCCUUUGUGUCUCUUCUUGUUGGCAUAAUAAUGGAAGGAUGGCCAAAGGGUGCACAUGAUGGACUUGGAAUCGUUGCAAGUAUUCUGCUUGUUGUAUUUGUCACUGCUAUAAGUGAUUAUAGACAAUCUUUGCAGUUCAAGGAUUUGGACACAGAGAAGAAAAAGAUUACAGUUCAGGUUACUAGAGAUGGGCAGAGGCAAAAGAUAUCAAUAUAUGAUCUAGUUCCAGGUGAUAUUGUUCAUCUUUCCAUUGGAGAUCAGGUCCCAGCUGAUGGACUUUUUGUUUUAGGAUUUUCUUUGUUGAUAAAUGAGUCCAGUUUGACAGGAGAGAGUGAGCCAGUUCAUGUGAAUUCCGAGAAUCCUUUUCUCUUGUCUGGAACUAAAGUUCAGGAUGGGUCAUGCAAAAUGCUUGUGACUACUGUUGGGAUGAGAACCCAAUGGGGUAAAUUGAUGGCAACUCUUAGUGAAGGAGGGGAUGAUGAGACCCCAUUGCAGGUAAAACUGAAUGGAGUGGCAACCAUCAUUGGAAAACUCGGCCUGUUUUUUGCUGCUGUGACUUUUGCUGUUCUGGUGCAAGGAUUGUUCAGCCGCAAACUCCGAGAGGGGUCCCACUGGAGCUGGUCUGGAGAUGAUGCACUGGAAAUGUUGGAAUUCUUUGCUGUUGCUGUUACAAUUGUUGUGGUCGCAGUUCCUGAGGGGUUGCCCUUGGCUGUGACAUUGAGCCUUGCUUUUGCCAUGAAGAAGAUGAUGCAUGAUAAGGCACUUGUCCGUCAUCUGGCUGCCUGUGAGACCAUGGGAUCUGCCACAAGUAUUUGCAGUGACAAGACAGGGACUCUAACUACUAACCACAUGACUGUUGUGAAGGUAUGCAUUUGUGGAAAAAUCAAGGAAGUGAGCAGCUCUGAGGAAACUUCUAGUUUCUGCUCUGGAAUUCCUGAUUUUGCUGUUAGAAUUUUACUUCAAUCAAUAUUUAACAACACUGGGGGAGAAAUUGUCACCAACAAAGACAACAAAACUGAGAUACUAGGAACACCCACUGAAGCUGCUCUUUUGGAAUUCGGUUUGUUGCUUGGUGGGGAUUUCCAAGCAGAACGGCAAGCAUCAAAACUUGUGAAAGUUGAACCAUUCAAUUCUGCAAAGAAACGAAUGGGAGUGGUUCUAGAGAUUCCUGAAGGAGGUUUUCGGGCCCACUCUAAAGGUGCUUCUGAAAUAGUUUUGGCUUCAUGUGACAAAGUCAUAGACUCGAAUGGUGAUGUUGUUCCUCUCAAUGAAGCAUCAUUCAAUCAUCUGAAGGAUACAAUUGAAAGAUUUGCUAGUGAAGCUCUUCGAACCCUAUGUCUUGCUUAUAUGGAACUUGGAAGUGAGUUCUCUGCAGAGAGUCCUCUUCCCAGUAAAGGAUAUACUUGUAUAGGAAUUGUGGGUAUCAAAGAUCCAGUUCGCCCAGGUGUCAAGGAGUCUGUUGCAAUUUGUAGAUCAGCUGGUAUUUCUGUCCGGAUGGUUACUGGAGACAACAUAAACACUGCAAAGGCAAUUGCUAGAGAAUGUGGCAUUCUGACUGAUGAAGGCAUAGCAAUUGAAGGUCCAGUAUUUCGUGAGAAGAGUGAGGAGGAAUUGCAAAAACUAAUUCCAAAAAUUCAGGUAAUGGCUCGAUCUUCACCAUUGGAUAAGCAUAUCCUUGUGAAACACUUGAGAACUGCAUUGGAAGAAGUUGUUGCAGUGACUGGGGAUGGUACAAAUGAUGCUCCUGCACUUCAUGAAGCAGACAUUGGGCUUGCAAUGGGCAUUGCUGGAACAGAGGUGGCAAAAGAGAGUGCUGAUGUCAUAAUUAUGGAUGAUAACUUCUCCACUAUUGUGACUGUGGGCAAAUGGGGACGCUCAAUUUAUAUUAACAUUCAGAAAUUUGUUCAAUUUCAGUUGACAGUCAAUAUCGUUGCCCUAAUUGUAAACUUUUCUUCAGCAUGUUUGACAGGAAAUGCUCCCCUGACCGCGGUUCAGCUUCUGUGGGUCAACAUGAUUAUGGAUACACUGGGAGCACUUGCACUGGCUACUGAACCUCCUAAUGAUGAGUUAAUGAAAAGAUCUCCAGUGGGAAGGAAAGAAAAUUUCAUCAGUAAUGUGAUGUGGAGAAAUAUCAUUGGGCAGUCUCUCUAUCAAUUUGUCAUAAUAUGGUUUCUUCAAACAAGAGGGAAAGCAUUUUUCCAUCUUGAUGGCCCGGAUUCUGAUUUGAUUCUAAACACAAUUAUUUUCAACUCCUUCGUCUUUUGUCAGGUUUUCAAUGAGAUCAACUCCAGGGAGUUGGAGAAGAUAAAUGUCUUCAAGGGCAUGCUAAGGAACCAUGUGUUUGUAGCUGUAGUCACAUGCACUGUCGUAUUUCAAAUCAUAAUCGUCCAGUUCCUUGGUACCUUUGCAAACACAUCCCCUCUUACUAUGCAGCAGUGGAUUGGUAGCAUUCUCCUUGGAUUCCUGUGCAUGCCAAUUGCAGCUGCCUUAAAAAUGAUUCCUGUGGAUGGAAAAUGAAAUCAAGGCAAACUGGAUAGGGCAAUCGCCUAUCGAUCUCUACAUCUUUCCCGGAGUCCUGGCGCUGUGUCUCGAAUCUCGAUCUCCUACAUGCGAAGGUUAGUCAAACCAAUAUGUUGAAUGUUUAGUUGACAUUAUAUGAUUUUGAAUUUUUUUCUUCUAACAGUAACAUAUUUUCUGUUAAUAAUUGUUGACUUGCUUGAACUUUUGUUGUUGUUUUUUAAUAAGAAAACUACAAAGCAAUUGUCACAUAAAAUUCACAUUGGUUUAGAAAUUAAAUUUAAAAUUUGAAGUCCUAAAAUAAAGUUCCUUAACUAAGGCACAAGAAAAGUGACCUCAUAACAUACCAUAAGUUGUGCUUCCAUGGUGGAGGAAGUGCUUUUUCAUUAGACAACUUUACUAACAAGCAAAAAAAUGUAUUCAUGUAUUGAUUUUCUAUCACUUAAGCAUCCAACAUGAUCAUAAUAUGAAUAUCUAGUUACUUUAAGAUUUCGAGUAUACCUAAACGUGAGCAUGUAAUCUUUUGUUCCUUACAGAUAAUGUGAUACCUUUUUGGUAGCAACUCAAUGAUCUUAUCCUAAAUUGCUUUCAAAUCUUCCUAAUACUCUAACCAAAAAGCUAAUGUCAAAACUAGCAUAGGUUUGAGCAACAUUAAGCUUUCCCAUAGCAGGAGCAUGUGGAUUAUUUUCUACUUUUUCACUCCUCUCCACUUUGUUUCAUGGGCAUUGAUCAAAAUUGUAAUUUUCACCUUCAAACAUUGACACCACUCCCAUAGAACAAUCAUGCAUGUUAUAUCUUUCAAGAGCUUUAUAGAUAUAAGUCUUUUGGGAAAGCCUAAGAAGUCACUUCGACUUACCCUGACAAAUUAAUUUGAAUUUUAAUCAUGGAGAAUGCUUCAUUUAGGUCCUUUAUGUCAAAGUCCUCAAAAAGAAAAACUUUAGUUUUUUUAAAUAAAUUGAUAUCUUUACUAGCAUGCAAGAUACGAAUGGCAUAGAGGAUUACAAAUAUGAACUUGCUCUCAUUAACCUUCAAUCAUAUAGAUUGAUCAAUAAUAUUUUCCAUAAAUCCAAAGGAGAAACUUGUUUUAACUCAUGUAUAAACUUUUUUAAUUUGUACACCAAAUUUUCCUUUCAUCUUCUUCGAAACCUUUAACUUGAUUCAUAUAGAUAUUUUCAUUCAAGAAAUUCGAGUUUACAUCCAUUUAAUGUAACUUUAAGUGAAAAUGAGUUGCUAAUGUCACGAGGAUUCUAAAGAAGCCUUUUUAGGAUAUAAGAGAGAAUGUUUCUCUUUAUGCUCCUCUUCUUCAUGUGGUUUUUUUUUUUUUUUUUUUUUGCCUUUCUAGAAGUAACAUUUUAAAUUAUUUUCCUUCUCUCUACCAUUUGAGGUGCCAAAUUUCUUACUUUUCUUUAUUAUUCCUUUUAUUUUAUGAGAUUGAUUUCUGUCUUGUGGUACCAUGUAUACCGCUUAUAAUUGUUUUUGUUUUAAUGUUCCUUAUUCUCACACACACAUAACCAUUGACUCAUGAAUGAUCCAUUUAUCCUCGCGUGUGUUGCAUGAAAUUUUGAAAAAAUCAUUUUCAAAGCGUUGAGUUGAUUGGUUAUUUUGCUUAUGUCCAUUAUGUGUUAUUUAAUCCCCCUUACUCCCUUAUAUUUCAUGCUAAUUAAUUUAGACAUCAACAUGUUUGUCAUUGUCUAAUGUUACAAAUUAUAGUUCAUAAAGGCAAGGAAUUCUUUAAAUCCUAGUGGAAGCAGGAAUUAGACUUUUAAUAUUUUUGGCAAUCUCCUCAUAAUCAAGAUAUCCAUUCAAUUAAAAUACCAAAUUUUUUCGUAUAAAGUGUCUUUGCAUCAAAUGCGUUGUCAUUGAAAAUUUAAACAAUUUUAUAUUUCGUAAACUUAUGAUAUUCUUGAGUAGGCCUCUGUUUUGUUGGGUGAUUUGCACACUAUGGGAUACGUAGACAAUGGAUGGAUGGGGCGAGGAGAGGGACAAAAAAAAAAAAAUACUAACUUCGAAUAAUUAUAAAACAUGUUUGCAUACGCGAAAACAUAAGCAGGAAGGCAUAGCUUUCACCUAUCCAUUUUUUUAUCGUCUAAAAAAAAUUA